AUGUUCAAGAUAGUCUACAACACGUUCGCCGUAGCGGCAUCGAUCGUCCUCCUCUGGCUCUCCUACACCGGCCCUCCACCGCCGAUCGCGAAACACGUAUACCUACCCGACUUGCAGACCAGACCAACGUUCCUACUUGGAAACCUAUCCUACCGCCACUUCGACGCCGAGGCCGACGCGCUAUGGGGGGAGCUGGUCCCCUCCAACGGUGGCGCCGUGCUCGGCACCAACAUCACCAACGGGUUUCACGUCUGGGCCGUCCCGGCCAUGUUCCACCAGCUCAAGUGCCUGCGUGACAUAAGGACCGAGUUUAUCGCUAUCGGCCGGUCAGGCCGGGAGGCAAGACGGUUCAUGAGCGAGCGCGGUCAAGGGAGCGACUAUGAGAAGGUGGCAUAUUGCUUCGAUUACAUCCGCCAGAGCAUCCUCUGCCACGCAGACACGACACUUCAUCCGGUGGCGCAGCUCACGCCCGAGACGAAGAUUAUUGACGGCAAUGCGCUUUGGCAUCAGUGCCGCGAUAGCUCGGUGUUGUACGACUGGGCUUAUAAGUCAGGCGUUCCGCACAAGGACUAUCUUCUCCGGGAGAAUCCUAUUGUGGCUUGA